AUGGGUCUCUCCUUCCAUCUGUAUUCCUUCUAUCCACUCACUCAAGCUCCACAGGGUUCUGCAUCUCAAAGCGGGAGCGGAUUUCCAUCCCGCCGCUCAUAUCCUUCACUAAACCAUGUCUCGCUCGCACCUUUGACAAAUCGGUUCCCUAUCGACGACGACACAGAGCCAGAGGACUAUUUCUCACCACGAGAUGAGCGAUCUGCCGACACCUCGACACGGACAUCCUAUCUCUCAAGCUUUUCCGUUCCAGGGACCCCCGGCGUUCUCUCUUAUUCCCGCAGCGGAUCCCGAGUCCGUCUGCACUCCCGAAGCAAGAGCUCAAGUCGUAUCCACCGCAGCGACAGCAGCCUGCAGAGCCAGGACGACGCACGACCCCUCCACCAUCACCAACAUGCUCACGGACCUAAGAAGAAGCACACAUCCUCAUCGCGGCAUCAGCCCUCCGAGUCGGCCGGACGCCGAGACGCAGAAUGGAUGCUUCGAGCCGGGAUCGCGCUCGCUUCGUCUACCCGAGAGGAAAAAGGCCAGAGCUGGCUCGUGAAGCGCGAGAGCUCAACGAGCCUCGUCUCGGAAACAAAUGUCGACAGUCCAGUUCUGGCCCGCCGGUCGAGAUCCGGGAGGUCUACACCAGCCGCGCAUUCGCGAUGGGGAUCCCGUGCGGCAAGUCGAAGGAACAGCAGACACGAUCUGGCUAUGACGAGCCUCGAUGCGCUCCCCACUAGAUCAGGAUCGAAUGCUCGUGACUCGACCCGUCCCCACGAGGAGACACGCCAUUUCAUCCCUGACUUUGUGGAUGAGCGUAUCCGCGCGGAAAUGGCAUUCAUUCAGCAAUUCGAGGACGGGUAUGCCUCGGCCUCGGACGAGGAGUCCGACUCGGAGGACGAGAUCGACGAGCAGGAACUGCAGCGUUUGACUCGGGAGCGAGGGUUCGGUCUGGGAGGUUGGAUCGAUCGGAUGGUUGAGUGGACACUAUUCGGUGUCGAAGAUCUACCUCUUUCUGCAAAUGUCCAGUCCGCCGAGCUAGCAAAGCAUCCGGACUCAUCUCCAGACAACGAUAGUGUCCGCGAUGAUCACUCUUCUGCGGCUGAAUUGACCGACGACAAUGCUAGCGUGUCAGCUGACGAAUCUAUAGCUUCGACUGUGGUGGAGAAGCCAGGGGAGAAUGGAGGCUGGGCGGAUGUCGGGUGGUUCCUCCGUGUCAUGAAGCGUGCACUAUCAUGA